AUGCUUACUAAUACAAACACAUCACCUGCUGAUCAAGCAGCAAACAAAUUGUCAUUUUCAAAUGCAGCAAGUGGAAUGGCGAAUUCCAAUUCAAUGCCAAAUACCAAUAAUCGGUAUUCACCAAGUAAUUUCUACCGAGCUGCAGCUGUAGCUGCAGCAACAAGCGAUCCGAACAAUCGGCGAUACAUGCCAAGUACACCGUGGGCCAAAUCGAAUUGUUUUGGUGACAGUUUCAAAUUCGAACCGAAUAGUUUAUUUUGUUCAACCAUUGACGACAAUUUCCUUCGUCAAGCCGAAGCUUUAGCCAAACCUGACUCGUCAUCGCUUUACUAUCCCUCUCCAUUCGCCUGUUCAUCAACAGCAGCGACUGCUUCUUCAUGCUCCUCAUCGGUAGCCAAUGCUUAUCCGGGUACAUCAUCAAUGGAAUCUCAUCUCUUAUCCGAACAUAAUCAUCACAAUCAUCACUCGCAUGCCAAUUCCGAUUUACAUCCAUUCUAUCAACGUCAAUAUGCCGCAGCCGCUGUCGGUGUUCUACCAGGUAUGGUUGUUGGAAUGCAUCAUCAUAGCGUUGUCGGUAGUCUUGUUCCUCCUCAUGAACUCGAUGUUGAUCCACGUGAAUUAGAAUCGUUUGCUGAACGUUUUAAACAACGUCGAAUCAAACUAGGUGUCACUCAAGCCGACGUCGGACAUCAGCUGUCGAAAUUAAAAAUGCCCGGCGUCGGUUCGCUGUCUCAAUCAACCAUAUGUCGAUUUGAGUCAUUGACAUUAUCACAUAACAAUAUGGUUGCGUUGAAACCAGUUCUUCAAGCCUGGUUAGAAUUUGCCGAGGCGGAAAUGCGACAAAGGAAAAAAGAAGAAAUGAACGGUAGCAUGAUUGGUAUGAGUGGACACAUUAGUUCAGGUGGAAGUUUAAUUGACAAGAAACGUAAGCGCACGUCGAUCGCGGCACAAGAAAAGCGCUUCUUGGAAUCAUGUUUUAUUCAACAGCAAAGACCAAGUGGAGAACGUAUUGCCCAAAUAGCCGAUAAACUUGAUUUGAAAAAAAAUGUUGUUCGUGUUUGGUUUUGUAAUCAGCGACAAAAAAAUAAACGUUUACGAUUCGCUGCUGGCCAAUCAGCAUAA